GGGACGCAACUUUUCGUCACUUCCGGUUUCCCACGGUCGCAGCCAUUUUAGCGCGGUGAAAACAUUCGCUAGGUGAACGCCGUAGAAUACAGACACACGUUGAGAAUCGCUUUUAUACUACUACUAUUAUCUCGUCAGUUUUGCUGAGUUUUUGUAGCCUAAAAUGUCAUUUGACUACAUGGAAAAGCUGUGUAACGAUGCAAUGCAUCGUUAUAAAGUGAAAUUAGACUCUGUUGGGCUGGAAAAGUGCCCUUAUAAGCAUCCAGCUGAUUUUUGGACAGACGAUCCAAAGGCUUGGCCACGCAUUGAAUAUGCCGAUGUCUACUGUUACUUAGUUGAAAGCCACGGGCCAUUCUCGCAUGCCACGAUGAAAAACUACCGCAGCUUGGAGGCGCACCAACAAUUUCGAUCAGGCUGGGUGCAGACUGUUUAUCAUCAGGUCACAUCCAAGGGAUUUUUCAUCUUCAGCGCAGCUGUCAAACCAUCUCAGCGCUUGAACGACGCUGCUCAUAGUCCCUGGGUGGCAACUGAUGACGCUGGACGAGUUGUGGCAGCUCACUGUACAUGUAUGGCGGGACUAGGGGAGUCAUGUAGUCAUGUUGCCGCAGUACUCUUCAAAGUUGAGGCAGCAGUACGUCUGGGAUAUACGACACAAGCCUGUACUGAUGUUGCUUGCCAGUGGAACAAUAGAUUUGUCUCAAAUGUGGAGCCAGCGCAGAUUAGGGACAUUAAGUUUUACAAGGAGGAGGCAAAGGACAGCAUCAAAAAGAACAGUGGAAAGAAAAGGAAGUGGUCUCACUGCAGCAAGGAUGAGGAAGAUGCUUUCAUUUCUUCCCUCAUGGAAACUGACAACAAACCAGUGGGACUUAGUUUGUUUGAGGGACCUCCUUGUCGCCUAUUCCAAAGGAAACCAGCCACGACACCGCACCGCGCACUACAAACUCCACUCCCAGCUCCACUCCGCUCCUACUUCACAGAAAGCACAGAACUCCAGACACAGAAAUCUGCAGACCUUAAAGAGAUGACUGUAACGAAGGAGGAGAUAGAUAAGGUCGAGAAAGCAACUGAAGAACAAGCGGACAGUGUGGUCUGGCAUGACCAGAGAGCUGGUCGAAUAACUGCAUCGCGAGUGUAUGAUGUUCUCCACACUAAUCAGGAAAAGCCAGCGAAGUCAGUCCUCCUCAACAUAACCAACCCCAACAUGACACCCAUCAAGACAGCUUCUCUCAAGUAUGGCAGAGAGAAUGAAUCUAAGGUUCUGGAGGAGUACGCACGGACAUCUAGGCAUGAUGACUUGAAAAUCGCACACAGCGGGCUUCGCCUGGAUGCUGAGCGUCACUGGCUAGGGGCAAGCGCUGAUGGCCUUGUAGAGUGCAGCUGCCAUGGGAAAGGUGUCAUAGAGAUCAAAUGCCCGUACUCCGCAAGAAACAUGUCAACGGAUGAAUACCUCAAGAGCAAGUACUGCUGCUUGGAUGAAAACUCACACCUGAAGUAUGGCCAUUGUUACUAUGACCAAGUUCAGACCCAGAUGCAUGUUUAUAAUGUCCAGUACUGCACAUUCAUUGUCAAAGCAGGGAACAAACUCAUAGUCGACCAUGUACAACGGGAUGAUUCAUAUCUACAUGCUGCUGUCUCAAAGCUCGAGAAGUUUUGGAGAACGAAUGUUGUGCCUGAGCUUGUAACGCGGAAAAUUGAGCUAAGAAAGAGCGAGGAGGACGCAAAGAAGAUCGAUGGAGAAUCACUGUUCUGCUACUGCCAGGAGCCGUAUGAUCAAAAUGAUGAUAGUCCUGACAAUGUAAUGGUUGGCUGUGAUGGAGCAAAGUGCAAGUAUGAGUGGAUUCAUCUACGAUGUAUUGUGCCGAAACGAAAGACAGUACCCAAAGGGAAAUGGUACUGUAAGGACUGUAAGAACACUUAGAAGUUUCCCUGAUGUUCUCAUUUUGUGGCAUGCGUACUGAAUUGCUUUCCAAUUUUCUAUAAAAAAAAAUUUGCAAAAUGUUCUUCUCUUUUCAAGAAUGAUAUUUGAACACUUUAUUUGAAUAUGUUGGAGCAUGUACUAACACGUGUACAUGGUAUAAUAAUAAAAGAUACUGGAGAGACA